GUUUUACUUUUCUGCCGUUGCUAGACCACGUAGACUUCCGCUCCGGUCGCGGCUUUUUUGUACUGCCUUCGCUUCCUGCAAUCCCAUGAGGAGGGCAAUCACCGAACCGGACCGUCUCCUCAAUGAGUAUAGUACCCAUUUGAAUGACAAUGGUGGCAUCAUGCUGGAUUCCGUACCCCAUUUGAUUGAUUUAAUGAAAUCCACGAACGGGAAGCUGGUUCCUAAAUGCAUCGCUCUUUGCAUUAUCUCAGCUUCGAUGCCAGAAAUCCAGCUUAGACUAUGUGGAGAGGGUGCCUGGGACAUCUUAUUAAAGUGGCUGCAAGAAGCGCUGAAAGAAGAUAAUUAUCCUUUCUUGCUUGAGCUACUGAACGUCUACCUUUCGUUGCCCGUCAGGCUGGAGCAUUUAACUCAGAACGUUUGCCCAAAGUUGAUCAAUUCACUCACAAAGCGUUGCGAACAUGAAGCUGUGAAAUCUCGGGCCAUGGAAAUAGUGAAAAAAUGGAAGGGUGUUAUCAGUACUGAUUCUAAGCAAAUUGGUAUAAAUGAUAAUAAAAUUAAAUGUGAGAAGGAACCCAAACCUGAAGAGUCUUUGCAAUCGGCUGAUUCAAAACACGGUAGAAAGCGACCCCGAACUGUUAAGGUGCCUCCCACGGUUAUGCGAACUGCGGGUGUCGAAGAAGAGGCCCAAACGCAACCGAAAUCCCGAUCGGAAGUACUUGCCAAGAAAGGUAAAGUGGAUUGCGAAACCAAGUCAAGUCCAGAAUCGUCUAUCGAGUCUAUUCACCAAAAGAUCACUGUUACACCAACGGAAACACGCAAAACCCCUGAAAUUCAUGAAAGCCCAGAUUUUAUUAACGCACUAACAACUACCACUUGCUCAUUGGUUCGUAAAAAGCGGAAAUUUUUAACACCAAAGAGUGGAACUUCUACAACAGCUGAAUUACAGACGAAAGAAAGCGCUUCUCCAGUACCAACCGAACAUACAGAUCAAAACAGCGAAUCUGAAGCUUCCUCCUCCUCACUCUCCCCAGUCGGGACGGGUUCCAAAAAGUCUUCUUUGAUAUCCUUGUCUAAUUCCUUUUCGUUGGAAAUCAAGCCCAAAAAGAGGGUUUCUUGGGCCGAUGAGGACAAAUUACAAUCGUUUUUUUAUUUUGAGUUAGACGAAUCCGAAAGAGUUAACGUGAACCGGGUUUCAUUGGAAGAAAUUAGACGAAAAGAGUUGUCAAUGGAGCGCCAAGUUUUCCGGCGGAACAGCGAUGAUGCUAUAAUUACUUCUCAAAAAUGGCAUACUCCUCUCCCACUGGAACGUAUGUUCCUGGUCGAGCCUGGCUACAAGUCAUCCGAGCGUCAGGUGCAAACUGAACGCGAGCGUUACGUGCUUCAGGCUAUAUAUUUCACUCGAGAGAGCAUCCCAUCGACCCCCGAGGAGCCAGAUCCCGAGGUCGUUGAGGCCUCUGCUCCCCUGGAUAUUCCCCUUGAAGAUUUAGCCGCUCUUGACGCGAAUGGUGCCCUUGGAUCUCAGUUGUCUUCUGAGAAACUUCUGGUCAUGAAAGACUCUAUGGGAAAUACACAGAUGUCACUGAACCCGGAGAUAGCAGAUUUAGUUAAAUCCCUCGCAGCAAAUCUCUCUAGCGUCCCCUCCGUCGAUCAACCAGCCGCGUCCGCCAAUUGUACUGAAAAAAGUCAUCUACCAGACACUAACAAUCCGCUAGUGCCUACAGCGACUUCACAAUCACUUACAAACGAUGAGUCACAGAAACCUAACUCCUCUUCAAAACAAACAUUAAAGCAUGAACUGUGGGAAGUUCUCGAAGAAAAUUAUCCUGACAUCAGUGUCCGCGAACUGAGCGCAGAACGCAUUCGAGAUUUGUUGGAACCCCUGCGAGAUCAGUUGAUAGCUAAAGGAAUUUUCCACUUGCCUCACUCAGACAGCUUUUAUCCAACAAUGCCACCGUUCCAACAGUCUCCCCCUAGGCCCCAUCUUAACUAUGGCCCUCGUCCUAUUUAUCAAAAUGUCCCACCUCCACAUCUUCCUCCCCCUGUCUCCCUUCCUGACUUCCGUUCCGUCACUCCAAUGCCCCGUCCCGGUUCCCUUCAUCCAGGGUCCUUUCGACCUGGUCCAUCUAAUUUUCCCCCACUGGGGCCACCGAUUCAGUACCCGUGUGGUCCAGGCCCACUCCAUAACCUUCCGCCUCCCCCACAUCGUCCCACUCCGUACACGCGCGGCGGUGCCGGUCGGGCUGUUCGCGGUAGCCAACCUUGCAAGUUUUUCCAACAGGGUACUUGCCGUAACGGACCUGCAUGUGGUUUUCUCCACACUAAACGGUGAUAUACUUACCAAUCGCUUCAAACAAAUUUGUACAUAGUUCAUUUACGAUUACUUAAAGCCUGACGUUACGUAUUUUGGCUCUCAUCAGAGUGGAUUUCGAUCAUUGUACAUAAAACGAGUACAACGGGCUACUUAAGUAAAUUUUUAUUUAGACUAAAUCUGUCGUCUGAAUGAAAUGUAGUCAGUCUCUUGACUAUCUCGGAGUCGGCUAACUUCCUCAGAUAUAGAACUGAAAUUCUCCGUUCGAGUUUACAUAUCUCAAUGGUGCGCUUCCCAAAUACCGCCGAAGUUUCUUUCCAUUGGUCUCUUCUGAUGGUUUAAUUACGACCUGUAGUUUAGUCGUGUUAUUUCAUUGGACGGGUUGCUUACCUUGCGUAUUCCGAUUUCGCGCAUCUUCUUCACUUCCAAUUCCAGCAGUUGUUGGUCUGUGAAACAAAAUGCAGUUAUCCCGUGGCAUCACACCACUAUAUUCACACUUACAGACGAGUUCCUUCUCCACACGAUUCUCCACAGCAAAAACGGCCACCCUGCCCACAUGCGGCUCCGUUUGCAAUCCAAUAAUCAGUCCAAUUGGAAUGUGCGUAUCGGUAAAACACUGAAAAAUACAUAAAAUCCGAUGUAC